AUGGCGUCCAAGGUCAAGGACAAGCUGAGCUGUCCGGUCUGCUUGGACAUCUUCAAAGAUCCUGUCAUCCUGUCCUGCAACCACAGCUUCUGUAGAGGGUGUGUGGGGAAGAGCUGGAAGGAGAAGGAAAACCAGGAGUGUCCCAUCUGUAAGAAGAGACACUCUAGGGAUGUAUCUCCUAACUUGGCUUUAAAGAAUCUGUGUGAGACUUUUCUGCAGAUGAGAGAGCAGAGAUCUUCAGAGGAUCUCUGCAGUCUGCAUCAGGAGAAGCUUGAACUCUUCUGUCUGGACCAUCAGGAGCCGGAGUGUCACAUCUGCAGAGAUUCAGACAAACACAGCGAGCACCGAUUCAGACCCGUCGAUGAAGCUGCAGAAGAACACAAGAAGAACCUUCAGGAAACUCUGCAGCCCCUAAAGGAGAAGUUAGAGGCUCUUAAAGAAGUUAAAGUGAAGUUUGAACAAACAGAAGCUCACAUCGAGGUCCAGGCCCGACACACAGAGAGGCAGAUUAAGGAGCAGUUUAAGAAGCUUCAUCAGUUUCUAGCAGAGGAAGAGGAGGCCAGGCUACAUGCGCUGAGGGAGGAAGAGGAGCAGAAGAGACAGAGGAUGAAGGAGCAGAUGGAAGCUCUGAGAGCACAGAUAGCAGAUCUUUCACAGACAGUCAGAGUCACAGAGGACCAUCUGAGGACCCAAGACGUCUCCUUCCUGAAAAACUACAAGGCUGCUGUGGAAAGAGUCCAGCAGCGCCCCCUGCUGGAGGAUCCACAGCUGCCCUCAGGAGCUCUGAUAGACCAGGCCAAACACAUGGGCAACCUGGGCUUCAAGAUCUGGACCAAGAUGAAGGACGUGGUCUCCUACACACCUGUCAUUCUAGACCCAAACACCGCUAGAUCAUUCCUUAUCCUGUCUGAAGAUCUGACCGCUGUGAGAGGAGGAGAGGAGCAGCAGCUUCCUGAUAAUCCAGAGAGGAUUGGUUUAUUCAGGUCCGUCCUGGGCUCUGAGGGCUUUAACUCAGGGACUCACAGCUGGGAUGUCCGGGUCGGAGACUGUAAACGCUGGUUCCUGGGUGUGUUAGCAGAGUCGGUCCAGAGGAAGGGAGACAUACGGUCUGGAUUACUGAUGUUAUGGUUCUGGGAUGAUGAAUACACAGCACACUCACCAGCUCAUGGAUCCACUGUUCUCUCAGUGAAGAGUCAGCCGAAGAGGAUCCGAGUGAAUCUGGACUGUGACAGAGGAGCGCUGUCGUUCUCCGAUCCUGAUACUGACACACCCAUACACUCCUUCACACACACUUUCACCGACAGGAUGUUCCCUUACUUUGAGACUGAGACUAAGCUCCCACUGAAGGUUUUACCAGAGACGGUCUCUGUUUCUGUGGGACUAAACUAA